UCGGAAAUCAUGAUGAAAGUGGCCAUUUUAGGUCCUUUUAGACAUAUUAAUGCCUCUUGUAAGACCCUAUGAUUGCAAUAGAAGAUCAUAAGUUUACAAUCGGUUUGAUGUUCUCGUCCACACAGGAGAGAGACAUGACUAUCCUGGAUCCUCUGGGGAGCCUCAACAAUAUCCUGAUGCUGACGAGGCAGAGAAGAGUCUCUCCAGAUCAGAACACCAGAUGGACAACGCUAGCCCCUCCUCCCUCCCGGAGUCCCCGUGUCGAGCCUCUCCCGGUAGCAACUUACUGCUGGGUAUGAAGAGGUUGUCUGUGCUGCUGGUGGACUGCAGGAAAACAACGGGGCUGAGUGGAACUGUGGGAGGAGGAGAAGAGAAGAAAGGAUCAGAUUUGACUCACCGAAGAGGAAAACCAAACUUGGACGAACCAAAGACGUCCAAACCAGCAAGUCAACACCUCUACUCCCAGAUUGGAAAGAGUUUUACCAAGUCAGGAAGCCUGAAAAUACAUGAGGGAAUACACACAGGGCAGAAGCCCUUCCUUUGCUCCCAGUGUGGGAAGAGUUUUAAGCGGUUAGACACCCUCAAAGCUCAUGAGCGUAUACACACAGGGGAGAAGCCUUUCCAUUGCUCCCAGUGUGAGAAGAGUUUUAAGCGGUUAGACACCCUCAAAGCUCAUGAGCGUAUACACACAGGGGAGAAGCCUUACAAAUGCUCAGACUGUGGGAUGGCAUUUUACUCAUCACACUCACUUAAAAGUCAUAUGAGAAUUCACACAGGGGAGAAGCCUUUCCACUGCUCUCAGUGUGAGAAGAGUUUUAAGCGGUUAGACACCCUCAAAGCUCAUGAGCGUAUACACACAGUGGAGAAGCCUUUCCAUUGCUCCCAAUGUGGGAAAAGUUUUAAGCGGUUACUCACCCUCAAAGCUCAUGAGCGUAUACACACAGGGGAGAAGCCUUUCCAUUGCUCCCAGUGUGGGAAGAGUUUUAAGCGGUUAGACACCCUCAAAGCUCAUGAGCGUAUACACACAGGGGAGAAUCCUUACAAAUGCUCAGACUGUGGGAAGAUAUAUUACUCAUCACACUCACUUAAAAGUCAUAUGAGAAUUCACACAGGGGAGAAGCCUUACCUCUGCUCCCUAUGUGGAAAGAGUUUUAGUCACUUUGGAAACAUGAAAGCUCAUGAGCGAAUACACACAGGGGAGAAGCCUUACCACUGCUCCCAGUGUGGAAAGAGUUUUAACUAUUCAGGAAACCUAAAAGAGCACAUGAGACUGCACACAGGGGAGAAGCCUUACAAAUGCUCAGACUGUGGGAAGACCUAUUACUCUUCACAGUCACUUAAAAUUCAUGUGAGAAUCCACACAGGGGAGAAGCCUUACCUCUGCUCCCAGUGUGGAAAUAGUUUUAGUCACUUAGGAACCCUGAAAGUUCACCAGCGACUACACACAGGGGAGAAGCCUUACCACUGCUCCCAGUGUGGAAAGAGUUUUGGCCAAGUAGGAACCCUGAAAGCUCAUGAGCGAAUACACACAGGGGAGAAGCCUUACCACUGCUCCCAGUGUGGAAAGCGUUUUAACCAUUCUGGAAAGCUGAAAAAGCACGUGAGAAUUCACACAGGAGAGAAUAAUUACUUCUCCUUGACUCAUCCUGAUGCUGACGAGGCAGAGAAGAGUCUCUCCAGAUCAGAACACCAGAUGGACAACGCUAGCCCUUCCAGCCUCCCGGAGUCCAUGUGUCGUGCCUCUCCCAGUCGCACCUUACUGCUGGGUAUGAAGAGGUUGUCUGUGCUGCUGGUGGACUUCAGGAAAACAACGGGGCUGAGUGGAACUGUGAGGGGAGGAGAAGAGAUGAAAGGAUCAGAUUUGACUCAUCAAAGAGAAAGACCAGACUCAGAGGAACCAGAGCCAGGGACGUACAAACCAGCAAGAAGACACCAGUGUUCCCACUGUGGAAAGGGUUAUAACCACUUAAAUGAGCUUAAACGACACGAGAGAAUACACACAGGGGAGAAGCCUUACCACUGUUCCCAGUGUGGAAAGGGUUUUAACGAUUUGGGGAAGCUGGAACGACACGAGAGAAUACACAGAGGGGAGAAGCCUUACCACUGCUCCCAGUGUGGAAAGGGUUGUAACGAUUUGGGGAAGCUGAAACGACACGAGAGAAUACACACGGGUGAAAAGCCUUACCACUGCUCCCACUGUGGAAAGCGUUUUAACGAUUUGGGCAAGGUGAAACGACAUGAGAGAAUACACACAGGGGAGAAGCCUUACCAUUGCUCCCACUGUGGAAAGUGUUUCAACCAGUUAGGGACCCUGAAACAGCACAAGGUAAUACACACAGGGGAGAAUCGUUACCACUGCUCCCAGUGUGGAAAGGGUUUUAACGAUUUGGGGAAGCUGAAACGACAUGAGAGAAUACACACAGGGGAGAAGCCUUACCAUUGCUCGCAAUGUGAAAAGAUGUAUAGCGAGAAAGGACACCUGAAAGCCCAUGAGAAAAUUCACACAGGGGAGAAGCCUUACCAAUGCUCCCAGUGUGGAAAGUGUUUCACCUGGGCAGGGUAUCUGAAAAAACACGAAAGAAUACACACAGGGGAGAAGCCUUACCACUGCUCCCAGUGUGGCAAGUGUUUCAACGGGGCAGGGGAUCUGAAAAAACACGAAAGAAUACAUACAGGAGAGAAGCCUUACCACUGCUCCCGCUGUGUCAAGUGUUUUAACCAGUUAGGGGCCCUGAAACAGCACGAGAGAAUACACACAGGGGAGAAGCCUUACCACUGCUCCCAGUGUGGCAAGUGUUUUAACCAGUUAGGGACCCUGAAACAGCACAAGAUAAUACACACAGGGGAGAUGCAUUACCACUCCUCCCAGGAUGCAAAGCUUUUGCCCAUUUAGGAAGCCUGAAAUAACAUGAGACACAGAGAAGGCUUUACAGAAGAUUAGAUUUUGGGAAAACAUAUUACUCAUAACAAUCACUUAAACGUCAUUAGAGAAUCCACACAGGAGAGAGAAAUUACUUCUCUUAGCAUGUAUAUUGAUAUUUCACAUCUCAUUGACUCACAACUCAUCAGAGAACAUACACAGUGCUCCCAUUGUCUUAUAUUGUUGCCUAUAAUGUGUUGACCUGUUUUUACCAUAUGAAAUUGCUUCUUCCAAUUAUUGAUAAACAUGUACCUGUUAAGAAACUGACUGUUAAAUAUGUAAAGGCUCCAUGGAUUGAUGAGGAA